AUGAGUAAGAUUCUGAAAGCAAAGAAGACUUUUGAAGAAGCAGGAUUCACAUUUGAAGACAUCAGAAGGAUGAGCAAGUGUUCAAUCAAGCAAAUAUAUCAUGCUUUGAGAGGAAGUUUCAACAAAGUGAGCUGGAAAAGACUGGUGUGCAGAAAUGCUGGAUGUCCAAGAUGGACUUUCACACUAACAAUAGCAGCUCAUGGGAAGUUAUACACUAAAGAUAGGCUGAGUAAAUGGGGAGUGAAAGUUGAUCAGAUGUGUGUCCUGUGUACAAAAGAGAAUGAAACAGUACAACAUUUAUUUUUUGAAUGCUCCUUUGCAGCUAAGUUGUGGGGUAAUCUGCUACAAUGGCAAGGGAUAAAUAGAAUAGUAUAUGGAUGGAAUGAGGAAUUAGCUUGGGCUGAGGACUGGGUGAAGAGACAAAAUGCAAACACUGAGUUGUAUAAGAUGACACUGGCGGCAUGUGUAUACCAUGUAUGGCAGGAAAGAAAUGCCAGGAUAUUCGAAGAAAAGGAGAGGAAAUGGGAGAUGCUGGGCAAGCGGAUUAUACAAGAGAUACAUUGUAGAAGCAACAAACGAGUAGAAAAGGCUUUAGGUAGAUUAGAUUGGUAA